CCUUCCGCGACUGGUCAAGUGUCUCUGUUGGACUUCAGUGCAAGGGUAUGUACUUUUGGUCCUAUUGGCGGGACCGGAUUCCUGAGCUGUUUUGCAAGACCGAACCAGGUUGUUGGGUCCCGAAGGACAAGAAAUCGUACUAAGGAUCUGCCUAUAACCAUGAUAUUUUUCUGUCGUAUUUCUUUCAAUGCGGUCCUGCCGCUCCCUCCGAGAGCGUACCACUUGCUCUGGCCUCGGUUGCCCAAAUUGUUAUGGACCUUUGACCAAACUCUAGAUGCAACUACCCGCAUGUUUUCGUGAUGAUAUCCAACCAAAUGGAUAUCCAAGAUUGCAAAGUUGAAGUACGGAAAUAUGUCCUCGUCUCCCAGCCGUCCCGUUGGAAACAAAAGGGCGAGCGAGUUGUGGUCCAGUCGCCAAUGCUGAAGAUUUCAAAAACAGUCUUGGAUGUUCCCGUCAAACGCUUCAACGGUGAAGAAGAUAAUUCAGUCUGUUUCAUUCCAAAACAGGACAUCGAGAAGGAUUCAAACAGUAUCUACAAUAAUGCAAAAGUCAGCACGGCCACGAAGUGGGUUGAUGCUCAUGGGGUAGCCUUGUUUGACAGUUCGCCUUACGAUAAAAUUGCAUACGCACGGGGAGAUACAUUUUGGAUUUGUAUAGGAGUCAAUACCAACGGCUAUGGCGAAACCGUCCCCGUCAUAAAUCUACAGACAUCUCACAAGGGCGAUAUUGGGAUUGACCAAGUGUGCUGGUUCCCAAAGAUCCAAGGGCCAAAUGGAGAACUAUGGACUCUCGGAGGGGGGGCUCGACAGCUCAAGCUAUCUGGUAGAAAGAAUUAUACUUACUUAUCCUGGGCCAUUUGCCAACGGCUCGAUGACUCUGUAGCGACAACCAAGAAUGUCGAGAUACCCACAAAAGAGGUCAAAAUGGAAGACAGACGGCAGCUCACCAUUUUUGAAGCGAGGUCUCUAUUCAAGAAACGAUUGCGAUAUAUGGAAGGAGGCGUUGCAGAUGAGGCAGACCAAACCGAGCAGAGCAAAAGCCAAUCUUGUUCUCCUGCAGACUAUACACUUCGACAUCGGAGCUCUCUUUUGCCCACACCACCUGUGUCACCCGACCAGCAACUGUUGCAACUUCAACAGCUCCAGCAACUUCCAAAGAAGAUCGUGAUUCUCACCCGUCAACAUCAACGUCAUCUUCUUGCUCGUCCAUGGCGGGGAAUCUUCGAAUUGAGCGAUCCCAUGAACUGCAAAUACGUCCUGAGAAACACCUUAAUCCACCCCCAACAAUUAACUCAAUCCCGUGCUGAAAUACACCCACAUCCCCUCCCAUCCACAGAAAUUUAUUCCGAAGACAUAGACGGCUCAAUGAACGACGACUUCUCUACUCGUUCUAACACCCGCUCCUCAUCAUCACCCCCAUCGCCCAACCCAGCAAACGCCAUGGACGACCUCCAAGGCGCCCACCUCCUGCACGAAAUCUGGCGCGAGGAGAAAGAGAAAGAGAACCUCCGCGGCUCCUCAGACAUAGACUCCGGCUUCCCCGACGACGCCGACAUUUAUCUGGAUGCCGCGUCUCCCCGCGAAACAUGGGAAGCUCACAGACCGCAUGCCGCGGAAAAUAAAAUCUUGACGGAGAAGUGCAGUGAGAGCGAGCCGUGGUGUCCGUAUACGCGCUUAUCGACGAAAAUGCAUUUUCACUGUCCGGAGGAGAAAUGUAGGAUCUCGCGACCUUCCUCUUCUUCCUCCCGAAUACCGCAAUCGCAAGAUGGGAGAGAAGGAGGGGUUGGACAAGAGCAUGAGCAUUGCGUCUCCCGGCUCGGCCCGUACCCGGAUUCAGCGGGCGAGUGCCAUCUUCUUAAUACUCAGCUUGAGGAAUUUAGGGAUCAUCGGUGUUGUGAAUGGGAUGAGAAGGAUCUGGCUACUAUCACUGUGAGAGGAAGACGUGCGUACGAGAUGAGAAAGACGGAGGAGGUGAGGAGAAUGGGAGGAAGGGUUUUUGAUCGGAGGGGGGAGAUUUGGGGGAUAGGGGUUGGUGGGUGGUUGGACAUAGGGAGGGGAGUAGAGGUUAGCGAUUUUGUGGAUGAUCGGGGGAGGGAGUUGCUUGAGCAAUUGCAGACGGGUGGGUUGGAUGAGGCUGUGAGGGGGUUGGUGUGUGGGCGCUCACGAGCAGGCCGUGUUGAGGAUGUGGACGUGGACGUGAUGGAUCAGUCGGACAGUGAGUAUGAUUCGGAUGAGGACUUGUAUACAGAUUUGUGAGUUUGUUGGUUAGUUGUGCGUUUGAGCGAGGUGUCAGGAGUCUGUCUCUUGUCGUGAAGUGUUGGGGUGUGUUUGGGCCUUUGCAUGAGAAGGCUUUCUUUCAGAUGGCCAGGAAAGUCGGAACGGAGUUCAGCAUGAGCAGCUGAACCCCAUAACCGUGUGUUGGCGUGUGUUUAGCUUAAGUCUUGAUGUGAAAGGCUAUUUUUUAGCUGGUCAAAAGUUCGGAACAGAGCUUAAAAUAAGCAUCUGGACUCCAUAGCCUGUCCAAAGUGUCUCCAAGUUUUCUGAAUUCAGAUCAGUAUCCCCAG